AUGAGCGCGGAGCUGGACGGCGUGUCCGUGCACUCCUCCUCCUCCUCGUCGGGCUCGCUGGGCUCGGCGGCGGGGCCGGCGCCGCGGCCGCUCUCGGCGAACGUGCGGCGGCUGCACCAGGCGCUCACGGCGCUGCUGAGCGAAGCGGAGCGGGAGCGCUUCAUCCUCUGCCUCAACGCCUACCACGGCCGCCGCAACGUCUGCGACCUGGUGCGCUCCCUGCGCGCCCUCCUCGACGGGCCCCGCCGCCGGCAGCUGCUGCCGCUCCUGCGCCUCGUCCUGCCGCGCUCCGACCAGCUCCUCUUCGACCAGUACACGGCCGAGGGGCCCUACCUGCCGCCGCCCGGCCGCCCCCCGCCGCCCCCCGCCCCGCCGCCGGUGGUCCCAGGAGAGCUGCGGCAGGUGACGCUGCGCCGGAGCAAAGCCCACGAGGGUCUGGGCUUCAGCAUCCGCGGCGGCGCCGAGCACGGCGUGGGCAUCUAUGUGUCGCUGGUGGAACCGGGCUCUCUGGCCGAGCGGGAGGGGCUGCGCGUCGGCGAUCAGAUCCUUGGGGUCAACGGCAAGUCCCUGGACAGGGUGACCCACGCCGAGGCGGUCAAGGUGCUGAAGGGCUGCAAGAAGCUGAACCUGUCGGUGCACUCGGUGGGGCGCAUCCCGGGGGGUUAUGUCACCAACCACAUCUACACCUGGGUGGACCCCCAGGGCCGCAGCGUGUCCCCCCCCUCGGGGCUGCCCCACCACCAGAACAGCUCCCUGCGCAGGGACAGCGAGAAGAGGAGCCACCUGCAGCUCCUGCAGGAGGGGGAUGAGAAGAAGGUGAACCUGGUCCUGAACGAAGGGAAAUCCCUGGGCCUCAUGAUCCGAGGAGGGGCAGAAUAUUCCCUGGGCAUCUACAUCACGGGUGUGGACAAGGGCUCCGAGGCAGAGAGCACUGGCUUGAAGGUGGGAGACCAGAUCCUGGAGGUGAACGGCCGGAGCUUCCUGAGCAUCCCCCACGACGAGGCCGUGAAGCUGCUCAAGUCCUCGCGGCACCUGAUGAUGACGGUGAAGGACAUCGGGCGCCUGCCCCACGCCCGCACCACCGUGGAUGAGACCCGCUGGAUCAGCAGCUCCCAGCUCGGGGAGACCCUGCUCUGCUCUGCGGGGGCAGUGGGUGACCAUGCCAUGGACGUGGCAGCCAGGCCCGUGUUCUACCGGGGGCUGGCCGGCUCGCAGGUGACCCUGAGCACCAUGGUGAACCAGAGCCGGGUGAUGCUGGAGGAGCAGGCCAGGCACCUGCUCAACGAGCAGGAGCGUGCCACCAUGGGCUACUACCUGGACGAGUACAAGGAGGGCAACAUCUCCGUGGAUGCUCUGGUCAUGGCCCUCUUCGAGCUGCUCAACACACACGCCAAGUUCUCGCUGCUCUCCGAGGUGAGGGGUGUGAUCUCCCCACAAGACCUGGACCGCUUCGACAACCUGGUGCUCAAGAGGGAGAUCGAGUCCAUGAAGGCCCGGCAGCCCGCGGGGCCCAGCCCUGACUCCUACUCCAUGAUGUCCUACAGCGACACCGUCUCGUCCUCCAGCAGCCACUUCACUGCCACCACCGUCAGCUCGGCCCGGAACACGUCAGAGCUGGAGGGAGCUGGGGACUGCCACCAGAGCAGCAUCAACACCCUGCCAGAUGUGUCCCUGGAUGAUCUCUCCUCCUUCCCAGAGGAACCACCCAACUUCAAGCCUCCUCCUCCUCCAUCAGCCCCCCAGACCCUGGACCCCUCCUCAGCCCAGCCCCGUCCCCAGGGGAAGGACAAGCCCAAGCGCCCCUCCUCCGAGUCCUCCCAGUCUGGCCUUUUCUUCGUGGCCCCCCGGAACCCCUCUCCCCCUCCCAACCCCCCCGAGAAGGACACGCUCAGUGUCACCUCCACGGCCUCCACGGCCACCGAGGAUUCCGCCCCCAGCGCCAUCUACGCCACCAUCUCCCCGCCGUCCCCGCUCGGCUCCCGCCGGCCCGCGGACAGCCCGCUGCCCCUGCUCGGCCAGCACCCCAUCGGGCCCUUCCCCAGGGUCCAGUCCCCCAGCAGGCUGAAGAGCCCAUCCCCAGAAGGGCUGCAGAGCCCCCCCGGCCCCGGCAGCCCCCCGGCCGUGGGCAACCAGCAUUUCAUCAUGGUGGAGGUGCACCAGCCCAACAGCGAGCCCGACGUCAACGAAGUGAGGCCCCUGCCCCAGGCCAGAGCCUCCACGCUCUCCCAGCUGUCGGACAGUGGGCAGACCCUCAGCGAGGACAGCGGGGUGGACAUCGGGGAGGUCGAGACGAGCGGCAAGGACAGGAGCCGGCAGCCAGGCCCCGGGAAAAGCCGCAGCCCCAAGGAGGCCACGAGGAGCGAGGGGGUGGCAGAAGGGGCCUCCAAGCCGCCAGGGCUCCUGGAGCCCACGUCAUGUCUGAUCCGGGUGUCCAAGACCGCUCCCACAUUGGGCAUCGCCAUCGAGGGCGGCGCCAACACACGGCAGCCGCUGCCCCGCAUCGUCACCAUCCAGCGGGGGGGCUCGGCACACAACUGUGGGAAGCUGAAGGUGGGACACGUCAUUCUGGAGGUGAACGGCACGGGGCUGCGAGGGAAGGAGCACCGCGAGGCCGCCCGCAUCAUCGCCGAGGCCUUUAAGCUGAAGGAAAAGGACUACAUCGAUUUCUUGGUCACAGAGUUCAACGUGGCCCUUUAGGGGCAGGGUUUGGGCAGCGCUGCCUCGCCCAUGGGGAGCGCUGGGAUGGGGAUGGAGGAUGGCAGCGAGGUGGGACAGCAGCGUCCCAGCGCGCACGGCCCCGCACGCGCACACACCCCGGCUUGUCCCCAAAUGUCCCCGCUGCAGGCUCGCUGCCUGGCUAGGGCAGGCUGAGAACGGGCACAUCCCUUCAAGUUUCCAUCCCUGUCCUCUCUGGGGUAAGGAAUAUCCUGUCCCCCUCGGCCAGGCUGGGAGCGGGGCAGGAGGAUGGCACGGUCUGGGUGUCCCUGCUGUCAUUUGAGUGCCACACACAGAGCAAGGUGGGCCCGUGGCUCAGGCUGGAGGGAGCUUCGGGGGGUUGCUGCUCCUUUGGGUGGUCCCCAAGGUGCCCAGGUGGGUGGUACUAGCCACGGGUGGGGAUGCAGAGAGAGCAACCGGAGGCCUUGUAAAUCGCUGGCAAUGUCGUUGUAUUUAUAUAUACAGAGCUUGUGCUUUUAAUUUUUCAAUAAAUCCAUCAGGGUAG